GCGGCCCUCACCACAAGCUCACAGAAGCCGCCCAUCUUGCUCAGUUCCAGCUCAGGCGAGCAGCGACCACCUUCCGGCGAGGGCAGCAGCGAUGGAGGGCAAGGAGGAGGACGUGCGGCUCGGGGCGAACAAGUACUCGGAGCGGCAGCCCAUCGGCACGGCGGCGCAGGGGUCCGAGGACAAGGACUACAAGGAGCCACCGCCGGCGCCGCUGUUCGAGCCCGGCGAGCUCAAGUCCUGGUCCUUCUACCGCGCCGGCAUCGCCGAGUUCAUGGCCACCUUCCUCUUCCUCUACGUCACCAUCCUCACCGUGAUGGGCUACAGCGGCGCCACCUCCAAGUGCGCCAGCGUCGGCAUCCAGGGCAUCGCCUGGUCCUUCGGCGGCAUGAUCUUCGCCCUCGUCUACUGCACCGCCGGCAUCUCUGGCGGGCACAUCAACCCGGCGGUGACCUUCGGGCUGUUCCUGGCGAGGAAGCUGUCGCUGACCCGGGCGGUGUUCUACAUCAUCAUGCAGUGCCUGGGCGCCAUCUGCGGCGCCGGCGUGGUGAAGGGGUUCCAGCAGGGCCUGUACAUGGGCAACGGCGGCGGCGCCAACGUGGUGGCGCCCGGCUACACCAAGGGCUCCGGCCUCGGCGCCGAGAUCAUCGGCACCUUCGUCCUCGUCUACACCGUCUUCUCCGCCACCGACGCCAAGAGGAACGCCAGGGACUCCCACGUUCCCAUCCUCGCCCCGCUGCCCAUCGGGUUCGCCGUGUUCCUGGUGCACCUGGCCACCAUCCCCAUCACCGGCACCGGCAUCAACCCGGCGAGGAGCCUCGGCGCGGCCAUCAUCUACAACAGGGAGCACGCCUGGUCAGACCACUGGAUCUUCUGGGUCGGCCCCUUCAUCGGCGCCGCGCUGGCUGCCGUCUACCACCAGGUGGUCAUCAGAGCGAUCCCGUUCAAGACCAAGUCCUAAGCAGCUGUUCUUCCUGCUACAAAGAAGAUGCCAACCCAACCCGAAGAGCAAGCUGCGUGUUCUGAAUUUCUGAUGGGGCGGCUAUAUAUCUCUUCCCGUCAUCCGUGUUACUGUGGAAUUCCAAUUUGUCUUCCAAGUUUGAUGUACUCUGUAUUCACCUGAACCUGGACCCAGACUUGUAUGUAAUCUCAUCAGUACUCAGUUGUGUGUGCUGCCCGUUAUUGUCAAAUCGAGCCAAGUUGUUUA